GCUGGGCUCUCCGGAAGGAGACGUGGCGACUGUUGGGCUCCGGGUUGCCUGGACAUUUUAGUAGUCCCGCCGCCUCCUCCUCCUCCUCCUCCCCCUCCUCUCCUCUGUAGCAGAGGAGCUUGUGUCGGUGGCUGGAGAAAUCGGCGGUGGAGGAUGGAGGAAGGAGGCGGCGGCGCGCGGAGUCUGGUCCCGGGAGGACCCGUGUUAUUGGUCCUCUGCGGCCUCCUAGAGGCGUCCGGCGGCGGCCGAGCGCUCCCCCAACUCAGCGAUGACAUCCCUUUCCGAGUCAACUGGCCCGGCACCGAGUUCUCUCUGCCUACAACUGGAGUUUUUUAUAAAGAAGAUAAUUAUGUCAUCAUGACAACCACACAUAAAGAAAAAUAUAAAUGCAUUCUUCCUCUUGUGACAGGUGGGGAUGAGGAAGAAGAAAAGGAUUAUAAAGGCCCUAAUCCAAGAGAGCUAUUGGAGCCACUAUUUAAACAAAGCAGUUGUUCCUACAGAAUUGAGUCUUAUUGGACUUACGAAGUAUGUCACGGAAAACAUAUUCGGCAGUACCAUGAAGAGAAAGAAAGUGGUCAGAAAGUAAAUAUUCAUGAGUACUACCUUGGGAAUAUGUUGGCAAAGAACCUUCUAUCUGAAAAAGAACAAGAAGCAGAAGAAAAGGAAAAAUCAAAAGAGAUUCCCACUAAAAAUAUCGAAGGUCAGAUGACACCCUACUAUCCAGUGGGAAUGGGAAAUGGUACACCUUGUAGUUUGAAACGGAACCGGCCCAGAUCAAGUACUGUGAUGUACAUAUGUCAUCCUGAAUCGAAGCAUGAAAUUCUCUCAGUAGCUGAAGUUACAACUUGUGAAUAUGAAGUUAUCAUUUUGACACCACUCUUGUGCAAUCAUCCUAAAUAUAGAUUCAGAGCAUCUCCUGUGAAUGAUAUAUUUUGCCAAUCACUGCCAGGAUCACCAUUUAAACCCCUCACCCUGAGACAAUUGGAACAGCAGGAAGAAAUUCUAAGGGUGCCUUUUAGGAGAAGUAAAGAGGAAGAUCUGCAGUCAACUAAAGAAGAGAGAUUCCCAGCAAUCCACAAACCCAUUGCAGUUGGUUCUCAGCUGAUGCUCACUGUUGGAACAACCCACAUAUCCAAAUUGACAGAUGACCAACUCAUAAAAGAGUUUCUUAGUGGCUCUUACUGCUUUCAUGGGGGUGUUGGCUGGUGGAAAUACGAAUUCUGCUAUGGCAAACACGUACAUCAAUACCAUGAGGACAAGGAUAGUGGGAAAACUUCUGUGGUUGUCGGAACGUGGAACCAAGAGGAGCAUAUUGAAUGGGCUAAAAAGAAUACUGCUAGAGCCUAUCACCUGCAGGACGAUGGUACCCAGUCAGUCAGGAUGGUGUCACAUUUUUAUGGGAAUGGAGAUAUUUGUGAUAUAACUGACAAACCAAGACAGGUGACUGUAAAACUAAAGUGCAAAGAAUCAGAUUCUCCUCAUGCUGUUACUGUAUAUAUGCUAGAGCCUCACUCCUGUCAGUAUAUCCUUGGGGUUGAAUCUCCAGUGAUCUGUAAAAUCUUAGAUACGGCAGAUGAAAAUGGACUUCUUUCUCUCCCAAACUAAAGGACAAUAAAGUUUGGGGAAAGAAAAGAUCAUUGAAAGUCUUGAUGAUUUCUGUCUGACCAUGUGUCUUAUUAUAGAGUUCUCCACCACUGGACCUCAUCUAAAGGAUCGUGUGAAAGGACUCUCAGUCACUUUGUGAAUAUAUAUGUGUAUAUAAGAGAUUAUUGAUAAACGUCUAAGGCGGGCAUUUGUCUCGCAUUUAUCAUUUUUGUUGUGUCUUACAAACUGAUUGUGUUUUAUCCUAUGCUUGGAUAAUAUGAUUCCUAAAUAAAUAUCCAAGCAAUUUAGAGUUCAGCCUAAUGAAAUGCCAUAAUUGUUAUACCUACUGAAAGUUUUUAAAUAAUAGAUUUAUUAUGUAAAUUAUAGUAUAUAUGACUAGUGGAUGAAGCAAAGAUAAUAAAGAAAUUGAUAGGAGGUUGUUUAAAUGGGAGACCAUGUAAAAUAUGUAUUCUAGUGACUGAAAUCCUUUCAGCCAAUUUUAUUUUGCAACCUCCCUCUACUAGGUAUUGAGCUAAAAGCUGGGCACAUGGAGCCUCACAUGUAAGUUUUCUCCACUUCUGUUAAUCCUAAGAAACUCCUGUUGGUAAUAGGUUGCUCUUGUCUCCGAACUUUUAUCUGUUUCUCCUUGAUACGAAUGUGUUUUCCCUAAGUAUGUUCCAAGUGUACAGUCGGCGAUCCUUCUGUCUUGACUUGAAUGAUUCACUCUAACAAAACAUUCUGUGCGGCUCUCCUUCAUUCCUGCCUCCCAUGUACCACAGAGUUCAGUUCUGGACAGUUUGACAGCACUGUAUUUAUUUUAAAGUGAAUAAAAUGUCCACAAGCA